UUCCUACAAGCUGAGAACUGUGUUUUUGUGUAAAUACAACUCUGUACCGGUGGUCAUCACACAACUACGACGAAGACUGCGGGAAGGGAAUGUUGCCAAAGCGACAGCUUAACAGCUGCCAGUUCGGAGCCCUACUAAUUAAACUGUCGUAAGAAGCAUAGGAGCAUGCGAUGGCAAAGCAUCGACGGCCCCGCGGAAUAUUAAACCGGAUACUCGACAGUCGCUCUGGAGGAAAGAACAUAGCUUUCAACGCACAAUGCCAACAGCGGUGGCGGCAACGAGCAUCAUGGGCGAAUUUGAAGAGGACGUGGGCGGCACACGUGCUGCCUUCUCCUGGUGGGGUGCUGGGCGCGAGGCGGCAGCAGCAGCUGAGGAGCCGCACCCGGCCCCGGCCCCGGCCCCACAGCGAGCCGUCGUCAGCCUGCUGCGAGGCGCUAGCAAACCCAAGGCUGCUGGCGGCACCCUGGGCGGUGUUGGCAGCGGCAGCAGCACCACCGCCACCACCACCGCAGAACGUAUCAUGCUGGCUAAUGGAAUGAAACCUCCGCCGCCUUCGCAGCGGGGUGCACCCAGCGCGGCGGCAGCGGCGGCGAUGAUACAGCCCGCAGCGGCGGCAAGCGCCGCCGCCGCCGCCGCAGCAGCAGCCCGGCAGCGGGCCGCCAAGCUUGCAGAUGUCCUAGAGGAGCCGCCUGCGCCCUCGGGCUGUCUUGCCUGUUUAGGCCUGGCGCGAGGCGGGCGGGCCAGGGGCGGCUCCAGCCAGGGCGGCUCCGCCUCCUCCUCAGGUCGCGGCGCCCCCUCCGUGUUCGACCCCUCCUUCCGCCAGGCCAACCAGUCCAUCAAGCGGGUGCCCCCCUCCGCCUCCCGCGCCGCCUCAGUAGCCUCCUCGUCCGGCGGCCCCAGUCGGCGCGGCAGCGGGCGCAGCGACGCGCUCAGCAACUGGGACGAUAUGUCGGAGGGGGAAUUCGAAGAACUGGAGAGCCUGCCAGACGACUCCAGGUACCCCUCCCACGCCCCCUCCCGCACCGCAUCCAAAGACCCCACCUUCGCCACCUCUGCUCCCUCCUCCUCCUCCGCUGCUGCUGCUGCUACUGCUACUGCGACGGCAGCUGUACGGCAGGCCCCCUCCCGCGCCGCCUCCUCCUCCCGCUGGCUCGCCCUGCUGGCUCCCUCGCGAGCCACAUCCCUCAUGCAGCAGCAGCAGGGGGGAGGAGGAGCAGGGGGAGCGGGGAAAGGUCCCUCCCGGGCUGCGUCCAAGUCUGGCGCCAUCGCCGCAUACGCCGCCAGCAGCAAGGCUAGACCGCAGAAGUCCAUUCUCAAGAAGAACGCCAACCGCGCCACGGAUGCGCCCCCGCCCGCUGCGGCUGAGUCCUGGACGGCGCCCCUGCCGGCCGACAACGACCCGGAUCCGCCCCGCCCUGCACCGACACCGCUCGAGGGUGUAGAACCCCAGAAGGCGGCGGCAGGCAAGAUGAGGGCGCCGUCGCCGCCGGCAGCCGGCCGCCGCGUAGGCAGUCCGAUGCAGCCUGGCGGCGGUGGAGGUGGUGGCGGUGGUGGAGGCGGCUCUUUUGCAAGUGCCAAGAUGUCGGCAGAUGAGCUCAUGUGCCCUCCCUCGACCGGAGCUGCAGCCCAGGAGCCGGGACCCCCCCUCCUCCUACCAGCAGCGCCGCACUCCCCCAUCAGCUUCCCAACACUUGCAGCCACCAACACCACCGCAACAGCAGCAGCCGCUGACUCAGAAGGCCACGGCGCCGUUAGCAUGGGAGUAGCAGAAGCAGCAACAGCGGCGGGAGCGGGGGCCGCGGCAGCGGGGGCAGGUAGCCGGGCCGCUGCAAUGCCACCCAGAAGCCCGCCGCUGCCCCCGCGGCAGAGCCCGGGCAAGGGCGCCGCAUGGGGCGUUCUGCCUGGUCCGCAGCCAGGCGGCUCCCCGCUGCCCUCCACACGCAUCCACACGCCGCCGCCAACACCGCCGCGGCCGCAGCGGCCGCCACCGCUGUCGCCUCCGCUGCCUGCCUCCUGCAGCCACCGGGUGCGGUUCGGAGGGGAGGAAGAGGAGGAGGAGGAGGAGGAAGGAGUAGCUGAGGGAACGCCCGCUGCUAGGGUGGUGGUAGUUGCCGCUGGGGGCACGACUGCCGGCACUGCAGGAGGAGGAGGAGGAGGAGGAGAGGCAGCAGCAGCUCCGAAACCCAGCCCACCCGCUCAGCUCUUGUUCCGCGACGCUCCCUCUCGCGGCUUCAGCUCCGCCUCCAACCUCAUCCAGCUGCCCGAGGAGCCGCUGCCGGGCGCAGCCGGCAAGCACCACCCGCAGACCCAUGGGUCAGCAGCGACCGGCGGCUGGGCCAGCGGUGCGGUAGCUGCACCCCCGCCGUCACCUCCACCACCACAGCAGCAGCAACACCAUCAUCACAAAGCGAGCACCGCAGUGCAGCAGCAGCAGCAGCUGAUGGCGCCGGUGCCUGGCAGGCCGUUGUUUGAAGGAGCCUUGGCUGGUUCGUUAGAGCUGGACGAGGUAGCCAGUUCAAGCAACUUGCCUGGCGGCGCGGAUAGCGGAUACGAAGACAUUGGCGCAUGGGCCGCCCUGCAAGCUCCCAGGCCUCGAGAGCCAGCGCCCUUCUUCGGAAACUCCUCAGCCAUGCCGCUGGGAAACCGCAGGGAGGUCUUGCGCCUUGCCGCCUCACCGCCGUACCGCCACGACCCAACCAACCGCCGGAACGACGACGCGGCCAUCACAAUGAGUGGUGGCGCCGGCGGAGGCGGCGUCGCUGCCAGCAUACCCCGGCGAUCACUGCUGCAGCGAUCCUCCGACAGCGGUGUAUUGCGACAGAGCUCGAUAGCGGCGGCGCAAGUACUGUCCUACACUGACGUUGGCGUUACGUCGCCGCCGCUAAUUGUCAAUGCACGUGCGUCGUUCAGCGGUUACCCUUCUUUGAUGGCGUCGCCGCCGCGACCCAUGUUGCGACCGGCGGCAACGGCGGCGGCGGCGGCAGUCCGGGUGGUGCCUUCGAACGGCUUGCGGCGUUGAAGAUUUUGGCUCAUAGAAACGCCGCUCGUGCGAAAGCUACCGUUGCAGCAGCAGCAGCAGCAACCGCUGCAGCGGCUGCGGGCUCGGGCUCCCCUCCGUCCCGCGGCGGCGGCGGCCAUCGCCGGACCCGCUGGGUGGGGGACGAGGAGGCGGAGCAGGAGGAAGAGGGAGGCGGUGAUAGAGCCGCAACCGCGACCUGCGGAGAUGGCGACGGCUCCCCGCACCGGAACCGCUCCCCCCUGAAAGCUGGAUCUCGUUCCGUACGCUUCACGGAUCCAACCGUGUUCCAGCUCCCGGAGCCCGGUGAUGCGCAACAUGACGACGACUCGGACACCGACAGACGGGGCCGCAUUGGCAGGCGGUGGCUGGCGGCGGCGGCGGCGGCUCGUGCAGGCGGCGGCGACGGCGAGUCGGAAUCGUUCUUCAGCGGCGCAUUAGCCGCCGCCGCGGCGGCCGUGGCGGCGGUGGCUGGGCGGGGGGCUGGUCGGGAGGGAGGAAAGGCGGCGGCGUGGGCGUAACGACUUGCUAUGUGACUUUACAUUCAUAAUUUAGAAGGUUGUGUUGUGUGUGGGAAUGAAUUGAAAGAUGGAGAAGAAGGGUUGUGGUUUUGAAAAGGGGGCAAAACGGCGUGUGUAGGGGGCCUCCAUGCAUGGCAGGGGACUCCUGAGGGACUCGGAUUGAGGUCAUUGGGAUUAGGACUGUGGGCUGCAUGGACCCAUGGGUCACGGCUGUGCGUGCACGUGACAAAAGGACCAUGAACACCCGUGUCACACUACGUUAGUGAGCAACUGCGAUGUUGUGUUUGCGUGCAGGUAUGUAAGCAUGGCUGUUCCUUACGCCUGAAGCGCAAUAAUAAGUGCUGUGGCAAUGGCUUUCCCGUGCGGCAAAAUGCGUACGGCAACAAGUGCGUCAGGACUUUGUUGUGAUUGCGGGUGCAUUCCACUGCUAGGCCGAAGAUUGGGCUGUAUUCAUUUGCGUGUGCAUAGGAGUGCGGUAGGAUGGUACUGGUUGCAUGGAGGGUGUGUGUGGGGGGACUGCGGGUGUUGAUUUUUUCCGCAAGUGCAACAACUGUGCAGCUUGCUAUUAGUAAGUGGCGUGUGGCGCGCUCUAACGUUUUGGCAUCAGCUUCACUGGACUGGCGCCCGCCUAGUAGGAGCGUCGCGAGAAUGCUGCUAGGGGGCGAUGGGGCGGCAAGUAGGUGUACCGGUAGGUCUCAUCCGCCCACAGGUGCCGGUAGACGGUCAAGCCCGAGUUGGGGCGCGACAGUUUUGUCAACGUGCGGGUAUUAGAUUUGAACUUUGCUUGAACACAUGAUGACGCACUGAAAGGGAGUCGGUCCUUCGUCGUUUGCCAUUUGUCGCUUAUACUGCGAACACCGUGCAGGUCGGAGCUGGGAAGUUGCAUUGGGUGCAGUUGCAAGGAAGCGGCGGAUAGCGGGA